CGCAAGUAAAUGGUCACCACCGCGGCCACUUCUAUAAAUAGUACUUGCAACUCCGCGGAGACGUUGACUAUCGCUUGGACAUUCCCUGGUCCUGUUUCGUCUCCAUAGUGUUCUUGCCAGUGCAAGUAGUUUCGUCUUCCAAAUCAUCCAAUUAUCAAGAUGACUGGAACUGUAUCUUUUGGACUUUUCGCCUUUGCGCUGACGGUGACAUGCUGUUUGGCGGCCAUCAACGAAGUGAAAAACCAACAACCCCCGUUACGCAGAAACCUGGUCGUUUCCUCAGCUUGCCCGUCGCUCAGAAAUGUAGUCAAAGACCGAAAGAAGUUCACGUACAAAGGACGCAAUUACUUCUACAGUGGACACACUCAACAGUACAAAACAUCCAAAGUAGAUUGGUUAGAAGCAAGAAAUAUCUGCCGAGAAUAACUGCAUGGACCUCGUAUCGAUUGGAAACUCAAGAAGAAAACAAUCUCAUUUUCCGAUUGAUCCAACAAAACGACGCGCCGUACAUCUGGACCAGCGGACGGCUGUGCGACUUCAAGGGCUGCGAGAACAGGUCGGACCUUGAGCCGAAGAGCGUGAAUGGAUGGUUCUGGUCGGCCACCCGGGGCAAAAUACCGGCCACCAACCAGACGUCGACCGGUUGGACGUACAGCCCGUGGAGCAAGAGCGGCCACAAGAAGACACCGCAACCGGACAACGCCGAGUUCGACAUCAACGGUACCGUCGAGUCGUGCCUGAGCGUGCUGAACAACGUGUACGGCGACGGCAUCGCGUGGCACGACAUCGGUUGCUAUCACGAGAAGCCGUUCGUGUGCGAGGACAGCGACGAGCUGCUCAACUACGUGGCGGCCACCAACCCGGGACUCCAACUCUGAUUGCCCACACAGUCGAUACCAUAAAAAAAAAAAAAUCACCCCCCCCCUCCUCGAGUCAUCCCCCCCACCCUAUAUACGGGAUAAGCGACAGCCGCCAGUCACAGUGCAAUCCAAAAUAUUAUAUUUCCGCCGUGUACCCCGGUAACAAUAACACUAAUGAUAAUAUAUCAUACUCGUCGACCGCGAAUUCAAAUCGGAUAUCCGUGCGAUGUAGAAGGCGCCGGUGACGGUUCCUCCCACGUUAUUACGGUAUAAUAUUUUAAAAUGCCGCGCGUGCGUCGUCGGCCACUCGGUAAAUCACUGUCAAUAAUAAUUGGCAGCGACAUCUAUCGUCCAUGACAAAUAUUCAGGAUUCGCAUACCACGUCAUCGGUCCGCGGCGGUACGGUCGUGUAAUUCUAGUUUUUCAUUUCUUUCUACCCGUCAUAGUACCCAUACUAUACCGUCGUAGA